CUCUCCCGAAUCAGCGGAGGCGGAAACUUGACACUUCGGACUUGGGAGUGGCUCUCUCCUUGCCUGGUGCUCUUAAACUUCAGCCUCAGGGCUCCAGAUCGGUUAGCUGCAUCCCGUCUUCUUUCCCUGGUCAAUCUGUGUGGACAUUAGCUCCUGCUUUGGCACACUGAUGGCAGCAGAGCCCCUGACUGAACUGGAGGCGGCCAUUGAGACUGUGGUCACUACUUUCUUCACCUUUGCAGGGCGGGAAGGACGCAAAGGCAGCCUGAGCAUCAAUGAAUUUAAGGAACUGGCCACUCAGCAACUGCCUCAUUUGCUCAAGGACGUGGGCUCUCUAGAUGAAAAGAUGAAGAGCUUGGACGUGAAUCAGGACUCAGAGCUGAAGUUCAGUGAGUACUGGAGACUGAUUGGGGAGCUGGCAAAGGAGAUCCGGAAGGAGAAGGCCCUGGAGAUCCGGAAGAAGUAACGCCUGCUGUUGGGAUGGAGGCCAGCAGGGCCUGCUGGGCAGGACCAGCCAAGUAAAGCCUGCUGUUGGGAUGGAGGCCAGCAGGGCCUGCUGGGCAGGGACAGGCAGCACCCCACUCCUCCAAAUAAAGCUUCCUCCUUGAAACACA